AGAUGUCCUUUACCAGGGUGUGAUUCAAAAGGUCAUCUUAGUGGUCGACAUGAAAGUCAUAGAACAUUAACAUCAUGUCCUCUAUAUCAUAAUACAACAGCAGAUGAAUGUAAGGUACAAAAUGAAGAACAAAAGUCGAGAUUAGAUAAAGUAAGAUCAUUAAGACGUAAACAACCAGAAUUAACAGAAGAAAUCAAAGAAACUCACAGGAAUCAUAAACAAAAACAUGGAGCUAGUAGAGAACCAUUGAUGAAUGGAUUAGCUUCAGAAUAUGAUUUAGAAUUAUUUAGAGAAGCCCAGGCUAAGGCUAGUGAAAGACUGCACUAUCAGAAGUCUGAUUUACAGGAAUAUAGAAUAAAGAAACUAGAGAUUGGUAGAUGGGAGGUAGAAACAUGGUAUUCUUCACCCUAUCCUGAUGAAUACGCUCGUCUCUCUAAACUAUAUCUCUGUGAAUUCUGUUUAAAAUAUAUGAGAACCUCUACUAUAUUGAGGAGGCAUAUGGCUAAAUGUGUAUGGAGACAUCCUCCUGGUGAUGAAAUCUAUAGAAAAAAUAACAUCUCAGUUUUUGAAGUUGAUGGAAAGAAAAACAAAGUGUAUUGUCAGAAUCUCUGUUUAUUAGCUAAAUUAUUCCUUGAUCAUAAAACAUUAUAUUUCGAUGUGGAACCGUUUUUAUUUUAUGUUAUGACUGAAAAUGAAUCCAGUGGAUGUCAUAUUGUUGGUUAUUUCUCCAAGGAGAAGAAUUCGUUUUUAAAUUAUAAUGUAUCCUGUAUAUUAACUCUACCCCAAUAUAUGAGACAAGGUUUUGGUAAAAUGUUAAUAGAUUUUAGUUAUUUGUUAAGUCAAAGUGAACAGAAGAUAGGUUCACCAGAACGUCCUCUAUCUGACCUAGGUUUGAUAACCUACAGAAGUUAUUGGAAAGAUGUGUUGUUAGGUUAUAUACAUAAAUAUACUGGUAAUGAGCUCUGCAUCAAAGAUGUAAGUCAAGAAACAGCUAUCAAUGCCAAUGAUAUUGUUAGUACAUUACAAGCUCUAGGGAUGCUUAAAUAUUGGAAAGGAAAACAUCUAGUCUUAAGACGGAAGGAAGUGUUUGAUGAUUAUUUAGAAAGAAAAGCCAAGAAAACAACAGAAAGAGGAAUUGAUCAGAGUUGUUUAAAAUGGACUCCACCAGGCAAAAGAAUUCAAUCACCAUCAUAG